GGCCGGGGCGGGCCGUGCAGGAGGAAGCGCAGCCGGAGGAGCAGCCCCGCAGCCGGCCGGAGCCCGCAGUCGGGGGUGGGCAGUGCCAGCCGGGUUACGCCUGCCGGGGGAGAGCAGGGAGAUGGAUCGCGGGGUGAGCCUGGAGAACCCCUACGCCAGCGUCAACAUCCCGCGGGACCAGUUCCAGCAGAGCUUCCUCACUCGCUACCUGCGGGAGGAGCCCACGGUCAUCGCCAACCCCGCGGCCGUGCCCACCUACCGCACGGAGGAGCCGGCAGAGCCCGCGGGCAGCUGGAGCAGCCCACCCAUUGCCACCGACAAGUCCUGGUCUCGACCCUACAACCCCUAUGCCAGCAUGAGGAUGCCCAACGGGGACUCCUCCAGCACCUUCUACACGGUCACCCUGGACAAGCCGCCCAAGGGGCAGGAGGCCAGCAGGGGCUGCGGCUGCUGCGGGUGCUGGCCCUGCUGCAGGAAGUGCUGCUGUGUCAUCUCCUAAGGGUCCUCACCGCACCCCUGGGAUGUGCUGACCGUGGGAUGGGCCCAGGUGGCCCCAUGGGGACAUGGCUGCCCAGCCUGGGCACCCCUGGGGGGUUUCCCUG